AUGGCACAUCGCACCGACUACCAUGCAUUUGAUCACAUACCACAACACAAGAGCUCUAUUCACGACUACCAUUACGAUCCUCAAGAUUUCCAGAUGCCAAAUUAUCUCAAAGCCCCGAUCAUUUUACACGAAGCGAUGAACCAGCUGCACGACCGCGCACGACUCACCAUUACAUCCAUGAAGCAGCUCUCAAUCCGUCGUUCACGUCGCUACGACAACCUCUGCUCCCCCUCACUCGGCCUACUCCACGAACUACACAGGCUUUCCAUCCAUCGUCUCUUCGACUGGCAAGCACAAUGGGACCCCAGAGAUCCCACCCUCUCACCCACUCCCAAGAUCCCUCGUGAGGUACUCCAGUUCACGCUCGAUCCUCGGCACUACGCUUUCUUCUACAGAGAAUACUGCCAUUGGAUUCAGAACUUCAUGAUUGGCCCUAUCAGAGCCUGGGAAAAGUUAAAACCUUUGGUGGCCAUCCGCGCCCAGCAAGUUCUAUCCGAGACUGGGUAUCGGGAGUGGCGGUACUGGUGGGACUCGGAAUAUAUGCCUGCGAUGAGCAAGUGGGAGACAUGUCUCCCGGAUCUGGCUCUUCCGAGCUGGGAAGAUAUUGUCGAUGAACUGUACAUGAUGAUUCUUGAGCGGGUUGAAGGUGCUGAGGAAUUCGCCAGCUCGAUCUGCACUAAUUACUCGCCGUCGAUCACUCCACUCGGACAGAAGGGGGAGGAUCUUCAGGAGUAUCUCCGUUUUGUCUGA